GCAAGCGCAGUGUUUGGAUAUUCAUUUCACAAGUACAACGUGUUGAGCGCGAAUUUAUUAGAAUAUUAUUUAUAAUAGGUAGUGUUGUGCUUAUUGUGAUAUUUGUGGAUUAUUUAGAUUUAUUUAGAACUUAAUUUAUUAAUCACGAUGCCUGCCCGAGUCCCUGAUGCACAAAACGGCCACGUAUAUGGAAUUAGCGACGACAUCGUAAUCACCGGAAUUUCCGGUCGUUUGCCAGAAAGCAACAACAUCGAAGAAUUCAAGCAACAAUUAUUCGAUGGUGUCGAUCUAGUAACCGAUGACGAUAGACGAUGGCCCGCCGGUCUCUAUACUCUCCCUGCUCGCACCGGCAAGCUGAAAGACUUGUCGAAAUUCGAUGCCACCUUCUUCGGAGUUCACCACAAACAGGCUACUGUUAUGGACCCUCAACUCAGACUACUCCUCGAAUUGACCUACGAAGCCAUCGUCGACGCGGGAAUCAACCCUAAUGACAUCAAAGGCUCCAAAACGGGGGUGUUCAUCGGUGUCUCCGACAGCGAAUCGUCCGAAUUCUGGACACAAGAUCCCGAGCAAAUCAACGGAUACGGUCUGACCGGAUGUUGCCGUGCCAUGUUUUCAAACCGAAUUUCCUACACUUUUGACUUUAGCGGCCCGAGUUAUGCCCUAGACACGGCUUGUUCCAGUAGUUUAGUCGCAAUGCAGCAAGCAAUAACUGCGAUAAAAACGGGCCAAUGCGAUGCCGCUAUAGUCGGAGGAGUUAAUCUCCUCUUGAAGCCCACAUCCUCAUUGCAGUUCCAUCGAUUGGGCAUGUUGAGUCCCCAAGGAAUGUGCAAGGCUUUCGAUGCCUCUGGAAACGGAUACGUGAGGUCCGAAGCCGCGGUUGUUGUCUUUUUACAAAAAGCCAGUGUCGCGCACCGAGUCUACGCCACGGUCCUUGGGUCCAAAAUCAACACAGACGGUUUUAAGGAACAAGGAAUUACAUUCCCGGCCGGCUCUAUGCAAAACCAACUCAUCCGAGAGACUUACGCCGAGUUUGGGGUUGAUCCCAAUGAAGUUUCCUAUGUGGAAGCCCACGGCACCGGUACCAAAGUUGGUGACCCACAAGAAGUCAAUUCAAUUGCUGACUUCUUCUGCACCAAAAAUCGAAAGGAACCACUCAUGAUCGGUUCGGUUAAAAGCAACAUGGGUCAUUCUGAACCCGCUUCUGGGCUCUGCUCUUUAGCCAAAAUCGUCAUCGCUAUGGAAUCUGGAAUGAUUCCCGGAAAUCUCCACUUCAAAUCUCCAAAUACUGACAUUCCUGCCCUUCUCGAUGGCAGACUUAAGGUUGUUGCGAAAAACGAACCAUGGAAAGGCGGUAUCAUCGGUGUCAACUCAUUCGGGUUUGGUGGUGCCAACGCUCACAUCAUCCUCAAAUCAAACCCUAAACCUAAGGCUUCAUGGCCUGCUGAUCCACUUCCCAGAGUCGUGGGAGUCUCUGGCCGGACCCCAGAAGCUGUCAAUACGUUCCUAGACCAUGUCGAAAAGAACAAAAACGAUGAAGAAUUCCUGGCACUAGUUGAUCAAAUCCAUAAAAGUAACAUCACCGGACACGCACAUCGCGGUUUCACUGUACUCAGCAACCCUUCACUUCGCGAAGUCACAGAAGUGUCAAAUGAGAAGAGACCAGUGUGGUUCGUGUUUAGUGGAAUGGGCUCACAAUGGCCUGGCAUGGCAAAACAACUCAUGGAAAUUGAAGUGUUCAGAAAUUCGAUCAAGAAAAGCGCCGAGAUUCUCAAACCUCACGGUAUCAAUUUGGAGGAGAUCAUAGUCAACGGCACUGAGGCGACUUUCGAAAAUGUCUUAAACUCAUUCGUGUCAAUUGCCACAAUGCAAGUCGCUCUAACCGAUGUCCUCAAAGCUUUGGAAAUCGAACCUGAUGGUAUCGUUGGACAUUCAGUGGGUGAAGUCGGUUGUGCUUACGCCGAUGGCACUUUUACUGCCGAACAGGCCGUCCUUGCAGCCUAUGCCAGAGGCAGAGCCAUCAUCGAAAGUAAACUGAUCCAAGGACAAAUGGCCGCCGUUGGCUUAUCAUGGGACGAAGCCAAAAGACGAUGUCCCCCUGAUGUGUUCCCCGCGUGUCACAAUAGCGAAGACAACGUUACCAUUUCUGGACCUAUUGACGUCGUAAACAAAUUCGUAGACGAAUUAACAGCCGAAAAUAUUUUCGCCAAGAAAGUCAACAGUUCGAAUAUUGCAUUCCACAGCAAAUACAUAGCUGAGGCUGGUCCUAAGCUACGCAAAGCUUUGGAAGCCAUCAUUCCAAAUCCCAAACCAAGAACCUCACGUUGGAUUUCUUCUUCGAUCCCUGAAUCGGCCUGGGGCACACCUCUAGCACAACAAAGUUCAGCGGCCUAUCACGUGAAUAAUCUCCUAUCGCCGGUUUUGUUCCACGAAGCUCUCAAACAUGUCCCUGAAAAUGCUAUUGUUAUAGAAAUUGCACCUGCAGGGUUGCUGCAAGGUAUCCUCAAACGGGCCAUAGGGCCUAAAUCCACCAACAUCAGUCUUGUUAAAAGGAUGCAUCUAAACAAUGUUGAAUUUUUGAUUUCCUCAAUUGGACGGAUUUACAAUGCUGGGGCACAACCCAAAGUUGGUAAUUUGUACCACCCUGUAAGCUUUCCGGUCGGGAAAGGAACACCCAUGAUCGCAUCCAUGAUCCAAUGGGACCACUCCACAGAAUGGGCCGUGGCCAAUUUCUGCGACAAGGGGUCGAGGUCUGGUGAAUUGGUCGUCGACGUUGACUUGAGCAAAGAAGAUGACCAGUACCUUUCCGGGCAUGCUAUAGACGGAAGGGUCCUUUUCCCGGCUACUGGUUACUUGACCUUGGUAUGGAAGACUUUCGCCAAAUUGAGAAACGAGGACUUUGAGCAGUUACCAGUUAUCAUCGAAAAUGUCCAGUUCCAUCGUGCUACUAUUAUGCCAAAAGAGGGCAGUGUUAGAUUCCUCAUCAACAUUUUCGAAGGAACUGGCGAUUUCGAGCUAUGUGAAAGUGGUUCCGUUGCCGUUUCCGGCCGCAUUUACGUUCCUGAAGACGUCUCCAAAGAAGUCCUCCACUUACACAAACCAACCCCCGAAGUAACCAAAGAUCUCCUCCCCUUGAACAACUCCGACAUCUACAAAGAACUCCGCUUACGUGGUUACGACUACGACGGAAUCUUCCGUGGAAUCCUCGAAUCUGACAACAAAGGAGUCGCCGGAAAACUCAAAUGGAACAACAACUGGAUCAGCUACAUCGACACGAUGCUCCAGUUCUCCAUUUUGGGUCAAAGCACUCGCGAACUCUACCUCCCAACAAGACUGCAACGAGCUGUGAUCAACCCUAAGGAACAUUUGCAAUACCUCAACGGACUCAAAGAGGACGAUCCUACCGUCUACAUGUACCGCAACAUUGGGGUUAUCAAAUCUGGCGGUAUUGAACUCCGCGGAAUGAAAGCGAGUUUAGCUCCCAGACGCCAACAAGCACAAUCCCCACCCAAAUUGGAAAAAUACCAAUUCGUGCCUUUCGAAAACAAUGUGGCACUUAGCGAGAAUCAAGAAAAAGCCAAGACGCAUGCCCUUACUGUUCUUUUGCAAACCGUACUCGAAAAUAGCUCAGGGGCUUUGAAACUCAAAGUAGCAGAAGUUGGGAGUGGACGACCAGUCGAAUCAAUUCUAGCACCAAGUGUGAAAGAUAUUCUCGAACGAGAACCUAUGGUUUCUGUUGAUGCCUCUGUUGUGACUUCUGACUCGAUCGACAGCUCGGCUUUGGAAAACAGUGGAAUUAAAGUGGUCCAAAAAGAUGUCACUUCUAAUCCAAUUGAUCAAAACUUGCAUCUUGUGGUAGUAGCCGAUGCGUUAACACAUGACAAAAUUAAUUUGAUUGAAAAUGCUGCCAACAGUAUUAAAGACGGCGGGUUUGUGCUCCUCGAAGAACCUAAAGGGGCCAUCAAUAGUAGUAAAUUGUCAACAACGGGACUUAUAAUCGUGAGCACUCAAGUCACAACUACGAAAAUCUAUGUCUUGCUUAGGAAACCGGUUGAUGUUCCUUCCGAUUCAACUGUGAUUCAAAUCACUGAAAAUAAUUUCGCGUGGGUCGAAUCCGUUAAAGAUUCAAUGAAGAAGAGUGAGACUGACGGUAGCAAAAUCUACUUAUACGUUCAAGGGGAAGAACUCACUGGAUUAGUGGGGAUGGUUAAUUGUUUGAAACAAGAGCCUGGCGGUGUUGGAAUCCGAGCUGUCUUUAUUCAAGACACAAACGCCCCCAAAUUUUCCCUAACUGCUUAUGACCAACAACUGAAAAAGGAUCUUGUCCAUAACGUCCUCAAAAAGAAUGUCUGGGGGUCUUUCAGACACAUUUUACUCGACAAUGACCAUGAUGGUGGCAAAUUACAAGUCGAACACGCUUAUAUUAACACUUUGACCAGGGGAGAUUUGUCCAGUUUGAGAUGGAUUGAAGGACCUUUGUCUUACUACAAAGGUGGUGACUCGUCGUCUGAGCUUUGCCAUGUGUAUUACGCUCCUCUCAACUUCCGUGACAUUAUGCUGGCGACUGGAAAACUCCCACCAGAUGCGUUACCUGGGAAUUUGGCAGGACAGGAAUGUAUUCUUGGUUUGGAAUUCUCCGGACGGGAUAGUAAAGGACGCAGAGUAAUGGGAAUGGUGGAAGCGAGAAGUCUUGCGACUACUGUAAUCGCCGACACUGGAUUUCUGUGGGAAGUGCCGGAGAAAUGGAGUUUAGAAGAGGCUUCAACAAUUCCGGUUGUUUACGGUACAAGUUACUACGCCCUUAUUGUGAGAGGUGGCAUGAAGCCGGGCGAAUCAAUCCUCAUCCAUGCUGGUACUGGUGGUGUAGGGCAAGCCUCCAUUGCUAUAGCCCUCCACAUGGGUUGCAAGGUCUUCACCACUGUGAGUAGUCAAGCCAAGAGAGAUUUUCUCAAAAAAACUUUCCCGCAACUUACCGAUGACUGUAUUGGAAAUUCCCGUGAUACAAGUUUCGAACAAAUGGUAAUGACUCAAACUAACGGACGUGGGGUCGAUUUAGUUCUCAACUCUUUGGCUAAUCACCAAUUACAAGCUUCAGUGCGAUGCCUUGCAAUCGGAGGCCGCUUCUUGGAGAUCGGUAAAGUAGAUCUCUCUAAUAACUCGCCUUUGGGAAUGAGCAUCUUCCUGAAAAAUACCACGUUCCAUGGCAUCCUCCUCGACGCGCUGCUUGAUAGUGAUGGUCCUGAUAAGCGCGAAGUUGUCCGUUUGGUUAAUGAAGGUAUCGCAAAUGGGGCUGUUAAGCCCCUGCAAAGCACCGUCUUUAAUGAAAAUCAGACGGAACAAGCGUUCCGUUUCAUGGCUUCUGGCAAACACAUUGGUAAGGUCGUACUGAAAAUCCGAGAUGAGGAAAGUCGCAAAGCGCAACGUCCUAAACCCAAGACUGUGACAGCCAUCCCCCGGACAUACAUGGACCCUGAUAAGAGUUAUGUUCUCGUGGGCGGUUUGGGUGGUUUUGGCCUUGAAUUAGCCAAUUGGCUUAUCACACGAGGUGCCACCAAAAUCGUGCUAACGUCACGAAGUGGAAUCAAAACCGGUUAUCAGUCACUUUGUGUAAGAAGAUGGCGCGAAUCUGGAGUAAAAGUAUUGAUUUCAACCGCUGAUGCCACCAGUGAUAAAGGUGCCCGCCGAUUGCUGGAGGAAGCCAACAGUUUGGGUCCCGUCGGAGGCAUCUUUAACCUCGCCGUGGUCCUCCGAGACGCCAUGAUGGAAAACCAAACCGAAGCCGAUUACAAGACCGUCUGCAAACCUAAAGUCGACGGUAGCAAACAACUUGACGCCGCUUCCCGAUCACUAGCCCCCCAUCUUGACUAUUUCGUCAACUUCUCGUCAGUCUCCUGCGGCCGGGGCAAUGCCGGCCAAUCAAACUACGGCAUGGCCAACUCCGCCAUGGAACGUAUCUGCGAAGCGCGCCAAGCUGCCGGACUCCCAGGAGUAGCCAUCCAAUGGGGAGCCAUCGGUGACGUUGGUCUCAUCCUAGAGACCAUGGGUGGAAACGACACCGAAGUCGGUGGGACUUUGCCCCAAAGAAUGGCCUCUUGUCUCACCACCAUGGACACUUUCCUCCAACAACCCAACGCCGUGGUCGCCAGCAUGGUCCUCGCUGAGAAACACAAAGCCGGUGCUGACGCCAACCAAGUGAGCCUCAUCGACGCCGUUGCCAAUAUUCUUGGUAUUAAAGACCCAUCCACUGUGACCGCGUCGGCCUCCUUGGCCGAUUUAGGUAUGGACUCAUUGAUGGGAGCCGAAAUUAAGCAAACCCUCGAACGCAACUACGACCUGGUGCUUAAUGCACAGGAAAUCCGAGGUUUGACUUUCGGAAAAUUAACAGAACUGGGAAGUGGAGGAGCCGCACCCGUGGAAACAUCCGCCCCAACUAGCGACAACCAACUCCAAUUCGACAAAAACGUUGAAAUCAUGCCGAGCAAAUCUUUGGUUCAAAUGAAGAGUAAAAGUAGCGACUCGAAGAAGAAUCCAGUGUUUGUCUUGCACCCGAUCGAAGGGGUGGUGAAUGCGUUGAAUGCGCUAGCCAGUAACAUUGAUGCGCCGGUGUAUGGCUUGCAGUGCACCAAAGACACACCCUUGACGAGUAUCAGCGACUUGGCGCAAUAUUACAUUAAGCAGAUGAAAACUGUUCAACCGAAAGGCCCCUACACUCUUGUUGGCUACUCAUUUGGCGCCUGUGUUGCGUUUGAAAUGGGCGUCCAACUCGAAAACAGCGGAGAGCAAGUCAAACUCUUGUUCAUCGAUGGUUCACCUACUUAUGUAGCGACCCACACCGGGAAAGCUAGAAACACAAAGAGUUUGCAGGGAAACACUGCAGCUGAACAAAGCGAAGCAUUGGUUUACUUUGCCCUACAAUUCAAAGACAUCGACCAACCAAAGACUGUUGCCGAGUUGAUGGCACUCAAAACUUGGGAAGAACGUGUGGCCAGAGCCACUCAGCUCGUGUCAGGUGCCGCCCCCUAUCCCAAGGAUCAGUUGGCAGCUGCUGCGGCUAGUUUCUACUACAAACUAGUAGCAGCCGACAAGUACAAACCUAAUACUCCCUUCAAAGGACCGGUCACUCUUAUCAGGGCGAUAGACAAUUACGUUCAGAUGGGUGAUGAUUAUGGCCUUUCUGAGGUGUGUAAAGGCAAACUCAAAGUGCAAGCCCUUGAAGGUAACCACCGGACCAUUUUAGGAGGAUCGAGCGUGCAAAAGAUUGCCAAUAUCUUACACAGUGAUUUUAUUAAAGUGUAAAUUCUUGAAAAUAUCUGAAUAGCCUCUUGCAUCACAUCCAUGAGUUCUGGGCACAGUAUGUAGAUAUUUUUUGUAAUUUAAUUUUGUAAAUAGUUGUAGGUUUAGCUAUAUAAAAUAAUCUAAUUUAUUUUUGACUAGACAGAGGUUUUGUAAUUUAUUUUGUAGACGCAUUUAUUUUUGUAUUUUUGGGAAUACCAAAGACUAGAUGUUGUUGAUGUUUAGUUCAAUUUUAAUGGUUCUGGUAAUGAUACAAAGUUUGUUGCUUGACUUUUGUAGCAUUGUCACAACUUCGGCGGUCACAAUCAUUCUGGUGUAAAUAUAUGAAUAAUAAACAAGUUCAAUCGA